CCAAAAGCCCGCCCCGGAACGUCAUAGUUCAAAACUAGGAUGCAUCUCGACUUUAGAAAUGGAAUAGUUCGACACUAUCAAAGAUCACGCGGAUACGGAAAAGCUGUAGAAUCACCGUACUUAUCAAGUUCUUAUCUACUCAAAGGUAGGCUAAGUGUUGCUCUAGAAAUCAAUAAACCUUACAGUGGGACACAUUGUGCAAAGGCUAUAGCAGGGGUAUUCAACUCUUUCUUACUCUACGAGGUCCGGAGCCUGCUGGUUUUCUGUUCUACCUGAUCAUUAUUUGCGCACACCUUGUGUCACAGGUCUGAAUCAGUCCCUCCUGAUUAGAGGGGAACCAAAAAAACGCAGUGGAAAUAGCUUCGUCCAGAGUUGAGUUUGAGGGGGCUGUAGGUUUCGUUUGCAUGGGUUAUUCUAAUUGAUUCUUACGCAGUUGAUCAAUCAAUUAGAUAUCAAAUCAAUGCAAAAUGUGAUACUUUUUGUUAGUUUACUUCAGAUACGUUGUAACAACAUUGUAACAAUAUUGUAACAUAAUUGUAAGAUCGACUAUUGACCACUGUUGCAAUUUGUAAUGCAUCGCAGCGUUCUCUUCUUGUUCUAAAGCCAUCCCUUUUCCAUUGUAGUCAACAAAUGUUGAAGUUUUCAUUUUGGCAGUAGUUUUACACAGUUCCUAAAACUAUUUUGACCUCAUUGCUUUUCCUUCAGAUGUUGUCAUUUGUUGUCCUGCUGAUCCUGUUUCAACCAGGAGAGGGAGGCACCUCACCUAUCUCCUGUUACAAUGAUCAAGGGGAAGCUGUUGACUGGUGAGAACCGUUUUGGGCAGACUGAAGAUUGAACUGAUAUGACCUCCAUCUUCCCUUAGGUCUGUUAGCUACUUACUUAGUCACAUACAGUGUGCAUAGCAAUGUAUGCUAAAACAACACACAGUACUGAGAAUCAAACUCUCUCUCUCUCUCUCUCUCUCUCUCUCUCUCUCUCUCUCUCUCUCUCUCUCUCUCUCUCUCUCUCUCUCUCUCUCUCUCUCUCUCUCUCUCUCUCUCUCUCUCUCUUUCAGGUUCUAUCUCUACAAAUUCCCCCAUGUUGAUCGAGAAUCUCCCACCGAUGGACAGAGUUAUCUACUGAUGGACAAAGGGAGCGAGGGAUGGACAGAUGGAAAAGGGUUGGUGAAUGACAGUACUGGAGCCCUGGGGAGGACAGUGGGCCAGCUGUAUGAGCAGGGGAAGGUCUGGUUCCUUCUAUUAUCAAUAGCAGACCACAUUUGAAUGAACUGUGAAACUGAAAGGGAAAAUCCACUGAAACAUGAACACGGUUAUGCCGAACAUUUUUAGAAGCAUUAGACCGGAACCUUGACACUGUUUGACGGCUAAGUUUGAACAUUAGUCAUGAAGAUUAGGCUAUUUUGUUUUUUAUUUUGGUAUUUUUUUAAUGAGUCGUCUGUUGAUACAGUCCUAAAAUGUUUUUUCAUGAUUAUGUGGCCGGUUUCUCUUGAAAGUCCAAUAUCUUGAAAACUUGACCGCUGACAUGCAAACCAUUUUGGGACUGUUUCAACAGUGGACAAAUGAAAAUAAUUAGCAAAAUAUAGUUUUUGAGUGGAUUUUCCGUUAACGGUUUCAUUUGCAGUAACACAUAGCAGUAUUUACCACUGCUGAGGUUUUGUUUUUGGUAGCUGUUCCCUCAGUGAAUUCUUUGUCACAGUGGAAUGAGACAGAAUUACACAAAAAAUCUAAAUGUAGAACUAUUUUUGUGGGUUUCUUUCACUGUCUAAUUUUCACUAAGGUGCAAUUGGAGUUUUCUUUUCACCCAGACAGCCGUGAUAAAUAAAUACAGCAUAUGACAUGUUAUCAAAGAAGAAACACUAUUGACAAUAUAACCCCUGUUUGUUUCUGAGUUAAGAGUGUGCAAUAUGCAUGAAAAUGUGUAUUUUCUGAUGAUGAGUGUGUGUAUUGUCCUGUGUUUGUGCAGAAUGGUGACAUUGCAUACAUCCUGUAUAAUGACCAGAGACCACCCGAGGAGGGAGAAAGGGGAUUUGGUCUCCUUAGUAGCCGAGGUGGCCACACUAAAGGUCAGGACAAUAUAAACCUCAGCUGUAUACUGUAUACAGGCAUUACAUUAUAAUGUUAAUCUCAGCACCCAGGCCUCUGGCCAGCUACUCCCUUUGUAGCAUGUUAAUGUUUUCGUCUGUCAAGAGACUAUGUACUGUUGUGAAAUGAUUCAGUUUUCAAUGAAUUACUGUUAUCUCCCUCUCUCCAUCUCAGGUGUUGUCUUAUUGGACAAGACACAGGGCUAUUGGUUGGUCCACAGCACCCCUCAUUUCCCCCCUGUAAAGGAAAUAGGGCAAUAUUCCUACCCAGGUAGUGGUGUACAGUAUGGACAGAACUUCAUCUGUGUGACCUACCCACUGGAACGCUUUCAGACAAUUGGUGAGACUGUAAUCCUGGAAAAGUCAUUUGGAACACUAUAGGUUUACCAUAGAAUUCUGAAAAAGUAGCUUGGAUUAUCCACCCUGUUAUAAUGCAAGAAACUGUGAAUUGUGUCAUGAAGACACAACUGUGUUCUAUUUCAUGCAACUGUUUCAUGCUGAGACAAACUCUCUGUGCGUACAACCCCGAGCCGACAAGGUGGAAAAUCUGUCGACAUACCCUUGAGCAAGGCACUUAACCCAAAUUUUCUCCAAGGGUGCCGUACUACUAUUGCUGACCCUACAAACUAAGUGCUAUGUCAUAGUUAUUCUGAACAGUAAUAGUUGGUCUCUAAUGAUAAAGUACUGCUGCCCCUAUCACUGAAUAUCACUGAAUGCAAUGAACUUAAAAAUGACAAUGAACUCAUUAUUAUGCUACAGUUAAUAAAGCCACAUUAAUAUUGACACAACAAUUGUGAACCAAAAAUAACAUUUGCAUAAAUAAUUUAGGUCAUUAGCAUUUUAGCCUAUUGUAGUAGCAAGUACCACUACAACUUGGCUAGCAAAUGGUGCUGUUACCAUAGUGACAGAUAGGGUUAUCCUCAAUGGCACUGUAACCAUACUCCUCCCGCUGUGCGAUGUUUGCUCUGUAAGUUUCAUGUCUCUCGUGGAGUUAUACUGAACAAAAAUAUAAACGCAACAUUUCUGGUGAGUAUGCAGGCCAUGGAAGAACUGGGACAUUUUUAGCAUCCAGAAAUUGUGUACAGAUCCUUGUGACAUGAGGCCAUGCAUUAUCAUGCUGAAACAUGAGGUGAUGGCGGCGGAUGAAUGGCAUUACAAUGGGCCUCAGGAUCUUGUCAUGGUAUCUCUGUGCGUUCAAAUUGCCACUGAUAAAAUGCAAUUGUGUUCGUGGUCCGUGGCUUAUGCCUGCCCGUACUUUUUGUGAGUAUGGAACAUUUUUGGGAUAUAUUUUUGUUCAGUUUAAGAUGAGUGUCAUUCAAUUGUGAUGGGAGUUCUCAGUGGAGGCUAACUUCCAUUGUCCUCAAAGCAUUGUCUUGUCUUAAAACAUUUUCAAUCUCAUUUUAGCCACAGUCAGUGGUCUUAUAUGUACAGGCAUUUGUCUGCUACUCUGUUUGAAGAAUUUGAAAAGUCGUCAUACUGAUAAGUCAUGUUCUAGAUUAAGAUAGUACUUGUCUUGGAACUUGGUGCCUAUUGAAUCAGACAGACAGAUUGAUCAGUCAAUUCAUAAUUAUUUGCUUUACUUUUGACAUAAUUAAUUGAUUGAUAUGUUUGAAGUGUUCAAUUGACAUGUAUUAUGUUUUACAUUGCAGGAGAGCAGUUGCAGAUCAACCAGCCCAAUGUGUAUGACUGUGGUGUCCCUGCUUCCUUGGCCUCUCUGGUGCCCGCGCUGGCUGACGUCUGUAACAACAGCCAAGGGCAGAUGGCCUAUAGCAGCUUAACGCACACCCAACCUGCAUCCAAUCGCAGUGUGUCUCUUACCUCAUUAGGUGGAACCGAGUUCAUCAGCUUCGCCAAGGGGGGAUCAUUCAAUAAUGGUAAGGAACAAUUUAGAAACUAUUAGUUUGUACGUUUUUGUACUGUUGAAGUGUUGUUUCAUGGUUAGAAUGACUAUUCAUGUCAUUGCCAUUUUGUGGUUGUGAAUGACCCAACAUUUAACCACUAUAUCCCCAUUUCCCCUCCUCCUGUUUCCCAUUAGAUCUGUACCACUCCUGGGUGGCUCCUUCCCUCCAGUCAGACCUCCUAGUCCAGUUCUGGAUCCACUCCACUGGCAUCCUGCCCUCUGACUGCUCCCUGGGCUGGAAGGUCCUAGACAUCCAGCUUAUCUCCCCAGGUGGGAGGAUCACCUUCAAGGCCUCCAACGACCACUCCAAGUGGGCCGUGAGUACCACCGGGGGUGGGGUGGAUGGAGCUUCUGGCUGGGUGUGUGUGGGCGACAUCAACCGGAACGAGGCUGAGGAGAAGAGAGGGGGCGGGACGGUGUGUCUGCAGGACGCCACGGUGUGGAAGGCCUAUCGGACAGCGGCGCUGGAGUGUGAGAUGUGCGGGGGAGGGACUAGCGGGUGUGAUAUGGCCGUAGAGGAUGCAAGGCACUACCAGGGAGAUAUGAAUCAGUAAGCAUCGGUGUGGCAUCAGUGGAAAGUUACUAGUAUGCACACAGUUCACUGAGAAGCUAGGUUUGUUAGUAUUAUUGAGCUCCAUGAACAAGGUACCCCAUAGAAUGUUGAUUAAUACGUUUUGGAGUGUUUCAUAAAUUGUCAUGAAAAGAAACAUACUUGAAAGGGAGGUGGCACUCCUAUAAUCAUAAAACAAUAAGCACUUUGCUGCAUAGGCUACUGUUCUAUGUGUUGCUAAUGACUAGGCAAUGUUGAUUGUGAUCUCAGGUAUGUUUUUUUCACAUUAUAUAUGCGUUUGUUUUCAACCUUUUUUUAUGUGACAAAUGAUUUCAAAAAAUGAUUGUUAAAGUAUGUGAAAUGGUUUUUCUUUAUUUCUAUUGUACUUUUUAGUCAAAUGUUUGGUGACGUUUUCAGCUUUUAGCUUGAAACAGGCAAAGAUACUGACUGUCUUCUGUCCAAAUAAAGUACUGUUGUUGCGGGGUGCACAAAUGUUUUACAUAAUGUUCUUCAUUAGACUUCCUCAUCCACCAACAAGCUAGAUACUAAACCACAGUCUGAAUCUUUU